GUUGUGUAGUGAUGCCGCUUUUCAGUCAGUCACUUUCAGUUUUACUGCUAACUUCUGAGUAUGAGAGAGUGAUUUUUUCAAUCGCAUCGCCGCUAGACUGUUCUUUUUCAAGGAAGGAAAUAUUAUUAUUGUACGUACAUACCUACGAUUUUGUGUUAUAUCGAACUAAGGCGAUAAAAAAAUAACAAUUAAACCGUUCGGUAGUGCGCGCCACGCCAAUGAAAGCACACAAAUUAAUGUUUAGAAAAUCGUAAAAAAUCUAAACUAAAUUAAAUACCAUUAAUCAACUAUUUUAAGUGAAUUUGUUGUGGUAAAAAAUAAUAUGAAUUAUUAAAAAGCGUCAGUGUGAAAUUCUACAGAAAGGCAAACACUUUGCCGCGCUGAUAAAUUAAUGAAAAUUUACUUAACACUAAAUAAAUGGAAUUGAUGAUUAUCGUAGCACCUGAGCAGCACUAACUACAUUCUCAGUUUGCAUUCGAUUGGCAUUCAAACCGGGCGCUAAAGUUAUAAAUAGCGGCAAGUUUCUCAACAAAGCCAAAUUUUUCGAGUUUGAAGCGUUUCGUUCAACAUUGACUGACAAGAUGUCUCGCUGUGCGCGCCUUGCUUAUGUCGCGUGCUUAUUUAGUGUUCUUUUCACGCGCACAUACUCACGCAGCCAGUUGGCCGCUUCACAUUUGGCUGCAUAUGUCCCCUAUCGUCAAGAUGGCAGUAGUAUACGUAACAAUCGUCCCACACCAGAAGCUUACGAUACCGAACGUUCACAGUUUUUCCGCUAUGAGGAGUCCAAGGGAGUGGGAGCUGAAAUUGAGUUGAACGAUCGUGAGUUGCUUGCUAAUCAAAUCAUUAUGGCAGCAAAAACAUACGAGUAUGAAGAGGGUCUGGUUACGCCGCAUCUGUUCAAACCCUCGAAACAUUUCUUUAGCGUCUUGGAAGAAAUCAGUAAGACACCGCUAUUCACCUACCUGCAAGCGAUGCCGAAAGGUGGUGUGUUGCACGCUCACGACACUGCUUUGUGCAGUACGGAUUUUUUGAUUGAAUUGACUUAUCGUGAGAAUUUGUGGAUCUGUGAACGUAGUGGGGCCUUGGAAGCGGUGUCAAUGAUUUUCGCCAAAGAAAAGCCAACGCUUACCCUUGAAAACGCGAAUUGCACAUGGACGCUGUUGGAAGAAAUGCGGGACAGAAAAGGUGCGUCAGCGGUGGAUGAUUAUUUGCGGGAACGUUUCACUUUGUAUCCGAAAGAGAAGUUUUUAGAUAAUAACGAGGCUUGGGAGAAUUUUAUGGAGAUAUUUUCGCUGUUGGAAGGUUUGGUGACCUACGCACCUGUGUGGGCGGACUACUACUACAAUGCGUUGAAGGAAUUUCGUGCUGAUGGCGUGCAGUAUUUGGAGUUCCGCAGCACACUGCCGAAGUUAUAUGACUUGGAGGGCAAACAUUAUACCGAGUUGGACACUGUGCGCAUUUAUAAGGAGACCUUGGACAAGUUUAUGCAAGAUUAUCCAGACUUCAUUGGCUCAAAAAUUAUAUAUGCGCCUUUACGCAUAGCAAGUCCAACAACAGUUGAAGAAUAUAUACGUAUUUGCAUUGAAAUAAAGGCCAAGUAUCCGGACUUCCUUGCUGGCUUCGAUUUGGUUGGACAAGAAGAACUCGGACGGCCGUUAAAAGAUUUCAUUCCACAAUUACUAAGUAUGCCUGAUGAUAUCGAUUUUUAUUUUCAUGCCGGUGAGACGAAUUGGUACGGUUCUGACGUUGAUGAAAAUUUAAUUGACGCUGUGUUGCUCGGCACGAAGCGUAUUGGUCAUGGCUUUGCGCUCACCAAACAUCCACUCGUUCUGCAGGCGCUGAAGGAACGCAACAUUCCCGUCGAGAUCAAUCCCAUUUCGAAUCAAGUCUUACAACUUGUCUCAGACUAUCGUAAUCAUCCAUGCUCUCAUUUGUUCGCCAGCAACUACACGGUGGUUAUCUCAUCAGACGAUCCAUCAUUUUGGCGUGCCACACCACUCUCACACGAUUUCUAUAUUGCCUUUUUGGGUAUCGCUUCGGCGCAUGCCGAUCUGCGUUUGCUAAAGAAAUUGGCGAUCAAUUCGCUGGCUUACAGUGCAUUGAGUGAACAACAAAUACAACUGGCGUUACAAAAGUGGCAAGCAAAAUGGGAUGCAUUUAUUGAGCACAUAAUUGACGGUGAUACAGACGGCGCUGGAAGUCGUCUGCAGACGAAUCGGAUCGAUUGACUAGCACGGGUGGUGGCGGCGUUUAUAUUGUUGCGUGUGGUAUGUAGAUAGGCGGUGCGCCUUGAUAUCGCAUGAUUAAAGCAACAAUAGCGUCAGUCGGUUCAAAGAAACAUAAAAGUUUCAUUUUUACAAUAGCAGAAGUGGAUAUACAACAGUUAAGACAAAACUGAGACCCAGAUAAACAUAACAGUGCAGAUAUUAGCUAAAGUUAUUGACGGAGUUAGUUAAAUCAUUGACGAAAAUCAAAUAGAUUAAUUUAUGUACUAAGAUGAUAGGUAUUCUAGUGAUAAUUAUAAGGGUGACAUUCCUAUUUACCAUAAAUCUGUAUGAUACUCUGCUCUAUAAUAGAAUGAAUAGAACGGUUCUUAGGUUCUUGUAUGGUUGGUAUUUGCUAACGACAGAUACAGCAUAGUUGACAGCUAGUUUAUGUAGCGCUGACUACAGUUUGUGGAGAGCAAGGAAAGAAAAGGAACUGUGCCCAUGAAUGUUGAUAUUUUUAUUCUUAUGCUAGUUCAGAAAAUAAUGUAUUUUAGAGUAUGUAUUACAGGGUGGGCACGAUUGAAUUGUAUAUUUCUAAAACUAGUGAAUUUUUUUUCAGUUACUUUUAUUUUUAAAAUUUGUAUUUGCUGGUUUCAUAUAGCAAAAGGUAAUCCAAGUAAAAAAUUACUUUUAAAAUUAAUAUCAAAUUAAUACAAAUCGAAAUUUUCUUAUAAGACAAUUUACUAUUAACUGGAAAUGGUCUGCUAUCAUUACAUUAGCAAAUUAUGGGUAUUUGCAUGUACAAGGUGGCGCAAAAUUAAUCAUCAUUAAACAGUUUGGUUGUUGAAUAUGUUUUACUAAAUAAGCAAAAAAUCAGUGAUGAAAAUCUUUAUUUUGACUUUUAAGCGCUCCAUUGAUUGUCUGUUUGUAUACUGCAACUGUAUAGUUCACAAGUAUCAAAUAAGAUUGUCAAAUGACGCCAUUUGCAAAAAUUAUAAAUCCAACCAUAUGGUGAUUAAUUCUGCGCCACUUUGUUUUUGUAUUGCUGUAGUAGUUUGCGCGCGUCAUGACGUUGGGUUAUUUUCCCUUAAUGUUAGACUUUGAGCUAAGAAAUUUUUUUUAAUAUGAUUUUAUUAGAACUAGCAAAAGCUUCCGAUAUUUAUGGAAUACCACUAAAUUAGAUAAGUAAAUCAUUUGGUUGCUUGGGCUUGUUUCGGUGUGGCGUAUACGCUCAACAAAUUUUUCCAUGACGUUUUAGUAGGUUUGCAAAUUUGAUGAAUGGACUCGUAUUGACAGACGGCGGCGUUAAUCCAAUUCGGAUCUAAUCGGAACAGUUAAUCCGAUUAAAAUUGUAGUAUGACAUUCGAUUGUAACACGGAUUAUUGAACCGCUGAUUUGUUUUUUCGAUAGUUUUGUCAGUAAGAAGUAGACCGCAGGCAACAAAUAUGCUGCACUGAUACUAAAAAAUAAUUAUUUAUUAAAAAAAAUCUUAAAUCACAAUUUUUCAAACUGCUCCGAAAUAUCAAAACAAUUAAUAUAAUUUCGAACGUGUUAGUGCAAAUAAGAUUACCGGAUGAAAUUUAUCUAUUCCGACACUUAAAAAGGAAAUUUGAAUAACGCGCAGUUUCGAUGCUUCCAAGUGUUAUCACUACGGCGGGCGGUGAAUAUCAUGAUUACCGAGCUUACCGUUCCCCGGAGUGGUCUCAUGAGUUUUGGGAACAGCCAGAAGUCACACGGAGCCAAAUCAGGAGCAUACGGUGGUUGCGGAACGAUAUGCGUGGAAUUUUUGGCGAAAUGGUCACGAAGAACGAGUGUAGUGUGAGACGGUGCAUUAUAGUGAUGUAAAAACCAAGAUUUGUUGGCCCAUAAUUCUGGCCUUUUUAGACGAAUUGCUUCACGUAAACGAUGCAUAACGCUCAAAUAAUACUCCUUAUUAACAGUUUGGCCAGGUGGAAGGAAUUCAUAGUGCACCACACCACGAAAAUCGAAAAAAACUGUCAUCAUGACCUUUAUUUUUGAACGACUUUGACUUGCUGUUUUCGGUCUGGCCUCGCCUUUAGCACGAUAUUCGCUUGAUUGGUCGCUUGUUUCAGGGUCGUAAGCAUAAAUCCAAGUCUCAUCUCCCGUAAUGAUGCAUUUGAGCUUGUCCUGAUAGUCUGAAAGCAUUGUUUCACAAACGAGAUUUGACUUUUCGUAGGCCCAAAUGGUUUUCACAGAUCCUUCUGAUAUUCCGAUCAUAUCAGUAAGGUCUUUAACAGUCAACCAACGAUUUUUGAGCACUAACUCCUUCACUUUAUUGACGUGUUGGGCAUCUGUUGACGUCGAUGGUCGUCCGGAGCGCUCCAAGUCAUCAACACGUUCUCGACCCUCUUUGAAGUCUUUAUACCACUUAUAAACAUUUUUCUGCGACAUGGUCGAAUCACCAAAUGCCUUCUGCAACAUGCUAAACGUUUCCGCAGCCGAAAUUUCAUUCCGCAAACAAAAUUUGAUGGCACUUCUCUGCUCAAUGAAAUCAGACAUUGUAAAAAUCGAAAAAUGCACUCUUGGUCGUUUGGUAAACACAAGCGUAAACAUAUUACUGAUAAUGACAUUCACAUGAAAGUUGGCCCAGAUGUUAUUAACAGUGCUGCCAACUCAUGAAAAAAAUAACUAGAGCAAAAUUUUAAUCCCGCGAAGUUUGACAAAUAAAUUCACUUUACUUUUUGCCCACAGUAGUAUAUGUAUAAUUGGCCCUAACACCCUUUGUUGGAUGUUUAGCCCAGCUCUUCCUCUAAUUUAAGGCGGGCGUCUUGAUAUUGUUCCGCAAAUGGAGGAUCUUUCACUUUUAUACCACCUCCAAGCGGUAGACGGUUAUUUUAUAUGAGGAGCUUUUUCAUGGCAGAUCUUUAAUUAGGAAGAACUUUUCUAUCAUUUUGGCGUUUCAUGCCCACAGCGAGUUUCGAAUAGUCACCCACAAUCUAUGGUAUUGUUAUAACAGCAUAAAAUAUACUACAUAAAUUAUAAGUAAUGCAGCUGAAGUGACAGCCUUUGGUCUUUCUGGUAGCCUCGGCCCGACUGUCGUCGCAACGGUAAAGAGUGAGCAAUUUUGGCUGAUUUUAUAGUUUUUUCCCAAAAAAAAAAAUCCAAAAUUCACUUUGUUUGAAUUUUACAUACUUUUUUGGCUAAAUUCAAAUCCCAGUUUGAGGUUUUCUUGGGUUAAAUUGUGAAUCGAUAGCAACAUAAGUGGAUGGUUGUUUGCCUUUAACUGCUCUUUAAUUGACUUAGCCGGAAUUUUUGUAAAAAUGCCAUCAAAUUUUGAGUUGCUGAGAUGAUUUCUGUUGGACAUUCUCGGAUGUAGACCUUCAUGAAAAUUAUCACUUUCUCUACCCAAAACACUCAGUAGUUCAAACUCUGAUUAUGAAACAUUUGAGCUGGUAUUAACUGCUAUUGGAUCCGAGGCCGAUUGAAAAAGUAUGAGCUAAAAUAAGAUUAAAGAAUGACGUGGCAUGAUUUUAUGGUGCUUAAAUUACAAUAAUAAAGCUAAUUUUUUAAUAAAAUUAGUAGAGAAUUUGAAAGUGACGUAGUAGGGAUGAAUAAUAUUAUAUAAAAAUUAUCCCUAAGCACUCAAUCAGUCAUAAAUAGAUGUAAGUUGACACAAAUUCAAAUAUAGUUCUGCUCUAUAACUUUUGAAAUUUAAAUGGGGUGAUGUUAUCGUCUUAGAAUUCCACGUGGAAAUCAGGUUUUUAGAAUUCUAGAUCUAAUUUUCAUUAAUGACAAUUUGUGUUUGACUUAAUUUAUUUUAUAUAUUUAUUAUUUAACGUUUCAAACGCAAAAACCACGAGUUUUAAUUUAAGUUUAUGACAAUAAAAGAUAUUAACAUAGCAAAUGCAUCGAUCUCUUGUCGGUUUCAGAUAUGAAUCAAGUACCUCUUCUUAUAUUAGUAAACUUGAAUUUUAUGAUUUUAAAAGGCUUUUUGUUGAAAAUUAACGGCAUAGCUUUUGCUUAAAACACUGUAACUUAGAAAUUGUUAACAAUGAAAUUUUUGCUGUGGAGACUAGUAGUCUUUGUUUGCUGUUGUCCAAUGUUUUGAAAUUUUAGAAUGAGAUUUGUUGUUAGAAUAUACCAAUUACGCGUAAGAAAUGCCUAAAAUUAUUUCACAUAAAAACAAAUUAAAGAAGCUAAAGAAUUAGAGGAAUAAAUUUAUUAAAAGAUUCUGAUGGUCAGUGCCCUUAUUAAUAGUGGAAACUACUUGCACUAUUUAAAGAAGUUUAAAUCGUUGGAUGAACUCCUUCAAUGUAACCUUAUUCGUAACUUUGCGUAUGAUAUCUAUUGUAACCCUAAAUCAUUCUAGCUCUACGUCAAAUCCAAAAAGUCUAAUUCAGGCAUUUAUAAUUGAGACUCCUGCCUCCCAUGUGGCGGCUAAUCUAUUUGCGUAUUAACAGGGAAUCCAGGUGAUGAUUUUCAACCAAAAGCUAAUGCCUCUAUCAAUUUUGGUUACUUAUUUUGUUCCUGGACCAUAAAAUAGAUAUCAUCGAGCACAUCAGAAAUUAAACCGUUUUUCACCUUAUCUUAUCUAGAAUUGCUCCGCUUUUGCUUAUCCAUUUUGGUGAGCUUAUCAACGUUUCAAAACACGGUGGAGAGGACAAAGAAGGUGGCGACAACCGCGAAACGCUAUCCUAUUUUUGUUUUUCUUGUUCACUCCUCUCGGGAGCGUAGGGCCUCGACAAGACUUCCAUCGUACACGGUUCUUUGCUGUUGUUUUUGCAUCGUCCUAUGAUAUGUCGCCAUCUGCUAGUUCGCGCAGCAUCGACCUUCUCCAAGUGUUUUUUGUUCGACCGCGACCUCUGAUCCCUUGCGGGUUCCAGUCCAGGCUAUCCUAUUUUAGCGUAUUUGAAAGAAUCAGCUCAUUUGGUGACGUAAUAAUUAAAUAUUUGUGUUCGCUUUAUUGUUUGUCGAGCAGCCAGUGUGCUUUUAUGGCUGCUAGAUGGGAAUUUACUAAUCUCACAGUUUUCUUAGAAAUUUGUAUGCCUGCUUUUAAUGAUCGUGUUCAGAUUGAUACUGUGUGCCCUGAUUUCUUGAAAGCAAUCGACACAGUCGGUCAUUCAAUUUUCAUUUCCAAACAAUUUAGCUUGAAUUUCAUUCCAUUUUCUUAAAAUGGUGUAAAUACGUGCAUAUAUACCACUCUCUGUUGUUGUUGUUGUCGACAUCACUUGUUUAUUUGCCACCCUUUUAUUGCCUCGUCCGGCGUUCCUCAAGAUAGUAUCUUAGGUUUUUUGCUCUCAUUAUUUUUAUUAUCAAUAACUCGGACACUUCUAUAAGUAAAUUUCUUUUGUAUGCAGACAAUUUAAAAUUUUUUAAUACCAUCUCGAGUUAUUCUGGUGCAAUAAAGUUACAGUCGAAUCUCAAAAACCCUUAACUGCUUGCAGUUGUAAAAUUUAUCUUCAUUUAAGUACUAAAAACGUUUGCUGUGCCUUUCUCUAAACCUCGUUCUUUAGUUCUAACAAAUUUUUUUAAAGGUAGGUUAGGUCAGGUUUAGGUUGGCGGCUGUUUACUAUGGGUCACACUCAGAACCACAGCCCAUUGUGAUACCGGAUGGGGAACUAAUCCUGAUCUCCCUAAAACCCAUGCGAACUUUUAAAAGAUAUUAGAAGAUUCCUGAUUUUCAUAGCGCUGAGAUCUUCCAUCUCAUUAAAAAAUUGUGUACCUAAAGUGCUGAACAUUCGUCCGGAUAGUUUUUUUAAUAGUAACUCAUGCCUAUCUAUUCUUAAUGAAAUCACUGAUCUUGGAAUUGUUUUUCACUAAAAAUUUCUGUUUCUCAGCCAUUUCAAUUAUAUUAUUGUUGAGUUUAUAUAUACUUAGUAGUGUCAUAUUUAGUAUACUAAGUAAUAUAGAGUUAUCCCUCAUUCGAAAGUUCGAUUCUGCUUACAGUGCUCUUUCCUUUGCGCUGGAAUGCGCAGCCUUCAUAUGGAUACCAUAUAGCGAUUGUCAUAUUAAAAGGCUUGAAUGCGUUCAAAAUGCCUUCGUUCGUUUUGCUGUUAAAUCUUUGAAGUUUGCGGAUUCAAUCCCUUCCUAGAACGCUAGAUGCUUACUAAUUAAUUGAAAAUCUUUACAUAGUAGAAUUGAAGUUUUUGACAUUCCUUCCUUUGUUGAGCGCAUUUAUUCUCAGAUUUAUCAAAUAAGCCUUCGCAGUACUAAUAUUUUCUUCACAGAGCGUAUUUGAACUCGCACUUCUGUAUCUCCUGCUCUUAUAACACAAGCCUGCAAAAUCUCGCUUUUUUACAGCUUCUAAAACCGCUAUGGGUGUUUCUUGAAGGUUUUUUUAUGCUGAAAACGAAUAUGACCUUGAAAAUGCUCCAGCACGUCAGGAUUUUUGGCAAUUUGAGGUUAAAUAGUCAAAAAAUGCAGAUUUUGGCCAUUUUUUUAAUUUUUUUUUGAGCAAGGUAAAGUUUUUUUUUAAUUUUCCACAACGGCAUCGCAAAGUACUAGUCUUCGGCUUUAAAAUCCUUUUUUAGAAAUAUUUUUACGAUUAAUAUAAAAAAAGUUAUUCUGUUUUGAAUUGGAGACUUUUAGAUAUGCAAAUUCAACCUUUCUAACUCUCUAACGCCUCUGUAAAGGGACUGUGAAAUAUAUCCUCUACAUUUUGGUACAUAAACUUUAUUUUUAUUUAAUUGUAAAAUGUGAAAAAUUGAUGGGUGAUAUAACUUUUUAAUAAUUUUUUUCGUAAUCAGGACACCAAAUUACAAAGUAAUUAGUUAAAAUUAUCGAACAAGUUUUUUGGUUGUUGGCCUGUGUAAUCAGAGGCAUAAGGGAAAUUAAUUGAUUCUCAAAUUCUUUGGCUUUCGAUUUUUAAUCUUUUAAAUUAUUAGUAAAUGAAAGCUUGUGCAAUUUUUAUUUUAAUAUAAGAUAUUCUGUAGUUCUAAGAGCAAAAUUUGUUUGAAAUGUUGUGUAUUUUUCGAUUAUUAUUUGAAUAGCUCCUGGUGACCUGGUUAUGUGAUUUUGUUUAACACUCCGGUCCAACUUAGUCUAAUUCUUGGGCUAAAAAGGCUUAUUUGGCGUGGUUUUUUGUUUAAAAUAUUUUAGUAUGAGCAACAAAGAGCUAUUGAUUUAGCGAAAAUUACAGCUCUCUGAAUUUGGUUCUAGUACAAUCGGGUCACGCCUAUAUAUUUAUAUAUGUAUGUGUUUAGGUUUUAUACCGAAAAAAAACUUACAAAUAUUUCUAAAAGUUAUUACUUUAUGUUUUAGACUUAUGCAAAAAGCAAUGUAAUUUAACAAUUUAUAUAACCUUUAUUUACCUACUAUCAAAAAAGUACCAGGAAUCAGCCAAUAGAACACAAAAUAUUUAUUAUCCUCCAAAAUUUAUUGUAUGACUUAAGAAGUAGCCCAUUUCAAAUUCAUACGCGCCAACGAAUAUUCUAAUCAUCAAAACAUUU